UCUCCUCGUCGCCCGUUCGCUCCCACAAUGCACUGCGUUCACUCGUUGGAUCAUGGACCAAAGCGACAAUGAUCUUCAAGGAAGCGACGGCUCUGGGAAUUUGGGAGGCCCAGAUGUUCGAAGACGAAUCCCCAUCAAACUCAUAUCCAAACAGCCCCUGAGGAGCAAACCUCCUCCACGAGCCCAGAGACCCAGCAGCAGGCCGACUAAAAGUGAGCCCGGAGAAAAUGAUAACUUUGGCUUCAAGCAAGAGGACAGGUUUGACUGCGGUGCUAAAUCUGGAGAUGUGUUUGCAAAUCAGAGGAGAUAUCCCCAGCCACUGUUUUGGGACUAUAAGUUGCAUUUGAUUGGAGAAAGGGAUGAAAUACCGAUCCACUUCUGUGACAAAUGUGGUCUCCCUAUCCAGCUGUAUGGGCGGAUGAUCCCCUGCAAACAUGUUUUCUGCCAUGACUGUGCUUUGCUUCAUGAAAAGAAAGGAGACAAGAUGUGUCCAGGCCUCACCCUCUACAGCUGCACAGACCCGGUGCAGCGCAUCGAGCAGUGCCAGCGUGGUUCGCUCUACAUGUGCAGUGUUGUGCCGGGAUGUAAGCGCACCUACUUGUCCCAGCGUGACCUGCAGGCCCAUGUUAACCACCGCCACCUGAGGGCAGCCAAGUCGUCCUCAGGCCGCCAGGAGCCCCUGCACCUCGGACUUUCAUCUGACGUCCCUGAGCGUUUCCGUGUGCCUCCACCUCACUUAUCCAAGAACCAUGUUCAUCUCCCCAACCCACUCCAGCAUGGCGGUCAUGACCCCUACAGCCAGCCACCGCCGCCCUCCGCUCACGAUGCCCCGCCCCCAACUUCUGCUUUAGGUCCUGAGACAUUCCGCAUCGCUACGGUAACCACUCGGAAACACAGCAAUCUCAUCACUGUGCCCAUCCAAGAUGACUCCUCUUCCUCCCGUGAGCCCCACUCUGGUGGGCUAGGUCCCGGUCAGCCACCCCACCACCAUCCUGGGGACUAUCCCGGCCAGCCCCCUGUCGUGUCCCACUCCCACCACAUGAUGGCGCCACCGCAGCAGCACUUUGGCCCCCCGCCUCCCCCUCCUCCUCCCAUCAGCCACCCAAUGCAGCAUCCGCCCCAAGCCUCUGGGACGCCACACAUGGUGUACAACCAGGCCCCUCCUCCCCCCAUGUCUUCAGCUCCACCACCAAUCACGCCCCCACCAGGGCACAUUAUGCCCCCUUAUAUGAACCACCCGCCCCCAGGACCUCCACCACAACACAGUGGCCCUCCCGUCAACGCCCCUCCACCUCAUCAUUACAACCCCAACUCAAUGCAGCAGUUCCCUGAAGACCAGGGCACCCUCAGUCCCCCGUUCAGCCAACCAGGAGGGCUCAGCCCUGGGAUGUGGCCUGCUCCGAGAGGACCCCCACCUCCACGGAUGCAGGGUCCUCCUCCCCAGGGCCAGAUGCCUGGUCCACAUCACCCAGAUCAGAGCCGCUACCGGCCGUACUAUCAGUAAACUGCCAACUGAAUGAAUAGGCAACAGUCUGUGUCAUUCUGUUCCACACCACUUGUCUGAAUAAUGUGAUAGUAAACCUCAGGGUUACAGGACGUAGAAGCUUCGUUUUGAUAAUACUGCCCAGAAGCAAAUGUGUAUGCUGUGCACAUUUUAGUUAACUGUACUGAACCUCCCACUGAGCAUACUGCAGACUUGGAAGAGCAAGAAUGUCCCCUUUUUAAUAGCUUAUAUGUCUGUAUAUAUGUCAGCUGAGUUCAUGCAUAUGUACUGUUCAUGAAAGAUGUUAAAUAUGUCUCAAUAAAUUUUUAACUGCA